AUGAAUAUUUAUACUGUAAAAUCUCCUUGCAGCAUGUCAGACUCGGACAGUGACGAGGACCAAGAUCGACCUUUUUCCCUCACAGGCUUCCUCUUCGGAAACAUCAAUGAAGACGGACAAUUAGAGGAUGACAGUGUUCUUGACAAUGAAUCUAAAAAACAUCUAGCAGGUUUAGGGACUUUAGGACUUGGAAAUCUCAUCACAGAGAUCACUGCAAAUGAGGAUGAGGAGAAGGAAGAAAACAAAGACUCUGGAAAUGUGGAUUCAGAGGGUUGGGUGAAAAGCACUGAAGAUGCAGUUGAUUACUCUGACAUCAGUGAGGUUGCUGAGGAUGAGACUAAGAAGUACCAUCAGGCCAUGGGGUCUUUGAAGCCAAGCAGGAAAGCAGAUGAUGAGGAUGACUAUGACGCAGACUGUGAGGACAUUGACUCUAAGCUAAUGCCUCCACCACCGCCACCGAGUCUUCUUACAUCAGCUAAGAAAGAGGAAUCUUCUACUCAGAACACAAAUGCAGUUGCGGAAGAUGGUGAUGGAAUCAUUCUGCCCUCAAUCAUUGCCCCUUCUUCUACUGCUGACAAGGUUGACUUUAGCAGUUCCUCAGACUCUGAGUCAGAAACAGACCGUCCCUGUCAGGGCUCAGGAGCUGGAGGCGCUCCAGACAGACUGACCCUCCCUCUGGCUGGCAUCAUGCAGAAAGAUGCUGCAAAGGCAUUGCCAGGUGUCACAGAGCUCUUUCCAGAGUUUCGACCGGGAAAGGUGCUUAGGUUCUUACGACUCUUUGGUCCGGGAAAGAAUAUGCCAUCUGUCUGGAGGAGCGCCCGCCGGAAAAAGAAGCGGAAACACAGAGACCAUCAGCCUGGGACGCCUCCUCCAGAAGGAGAAACCUUGGAGCCGAGCCAAGAGAAGAAAUCUGGAUGGGUUUAUGAGCAUGCACCCCCGCCACCUCCAGAGCAGUGUCUGUCUGACGAUGAGAUAACCAUGAUGGCUCCAGUGGAAUCAAAGUUCUCACAGACUUGCGGGGAUGGGGACAAGGAGGCAGAAUCUCGGCCUAAAGUGGCAGAAUGGAGAUACGGUCCAGCUCAGCUCUGGUACGACAUGCUGGGUGUCCCUGAGGAUGGAGGCAGCUUCAACUAUGGGUUCAAACUUAAGGAUAAGGAGACCGAUGUGCCUCAGAAGGAGGAUUUGCCUACAGAUGUAACAGAUACAUCUCAAGAGGUUCCUAAGCAGGAUGAUACAAAUGAUAACGAUAGUGAUCAGGGUGAUGGAGAUAAAGACAAGCUGGAGAAUGAGGUCUUCCUGAUGGUCACUCAGUUACAAUGGGAGGAUGAUAUUAUUUGGAAUGGGGAAGAUGUAAAGCACAAGGGCACCAAGACUCAGCGAGCCAGCCUGGCAGGAUGGCUUCCAUCCAGCAUGACCCGCAAUGCCAAUGCUUAUAAUGCACAACAAGGUCUGACCAGAAGUAAUUCUCAGCUGGUGCCACCCACCCCUCCACCCAUUCCCAAGACUUCUUCAAUCUCUGGCUCUAAGCGAGAGAAGAACAGCCAUGACCAUCACGCUUCUCAAGAAGAAGAUUGUCCCUGGUUCUCCAUUUUUCCUAUUGACAAUGAAGAAUUGGUGUAUGGUCGCUGGGAAGACAACAUUAUCUGGGAUGACCAGGAGAUGGAUCACCUGCUCACACCGCCUGUUUUAACACUGGAUCCCAAUGAUGAGAACAUAAUUCUUGAAAUUCCUGAUGAAAAAGAGGAGAUGACCUCCAACUCCCCAUCAAAAGAGAAUAAGAAGGAAACUGCAAUCAAGAAGAGUCGAAUACUGCUGGGGAAGACCGGAGUGAUAAAAGAUGAACCGCAGCAGAAUAUGUCCCAGCCUGAGGUGAAGGACCCCUGGAACCUUUCCAAUGAUGAGUUUUAUUAUCCUAAGCAGCAGGGUCUGAGGGGAACAUUUGGCGGUAACAUCAUUCAGCACUCUAUCCCAGCUUUAGAGCUGAGGCAGCCCUUCUUUCCCACUCACAUGGGUCCCAUGAAGCUUCGCCAGUUCCAUCGUCCGAGUCUAAAGAAGUACUCAUUCGGCUCUUUGGCUCAACCUGGUCCCCAUGCUGUUCAGCCACUUCUCAAACACAUAAAGAAGAAGGCCAAGAUGCGAGAGCAAGAGCGGCAGGCCGCAGGAGGAGGAGACAUGUUUUUUAUGCGAACACCGCAGGACUUGACAGGCAAAGAUGGAGAUCUGAUCCUGGCAGAGUACAGUGAAGAAUACGCUCCUCUCAUCAUGCAAGUCGGCAUGGCUACUAAGAUCAAAAACUACUACAAAAGGAAACCCGGAAAAGAUCCUGGAGCACCGGACUGUAAAUAUGGAGAGACUGUGUACUGCCACACAUCUCCUUUCCUGGGCUCUCUGCAUCCUGGACAGCUGCUCCAGGCGUUCGAGAACAACCUCUUCCGCACCCCAAUAUACCUGCACAAGAUGCCAGAGACGGACUUCUUGGUCAUACGAACUCGACAUGGCUACUAUAUUCGAGAGCUUGUGGAUAUUUUUGUUGUUGGUCAGGAGUGCCCCUUGUUUGAGGUUCCAGGGCCAAACUCCAAACGAGCCAAUACUCACAUUAGAGACUUUUUGCAGGUCUUUAUUUACCGCCUGUUCUGGAAAAGCAAGGAUCGGCCCCGGAGGAUCCGCAUGGAGGAUAUAAAAAAAGCUUUUCCCUCACACUCAGAGAGCAGCAUCAGAAAACGACUCAAACUCUGUGCCGACUUCAAACGGACAGGGAUGGACUCGAACUGGUGGGUGUUAAAGCCUGACUUCAGAUUACCCACAGAAGAAGAAAUCAGAGCCAUGGUGUCUCCAGAGCAGUGCUGUGCUUACUACAGCAUGUUAGUCGCAGAGCAGAGGCUCAAGGAUGCUGGAUACGGUGAGAAAUCCUUCUUUGCUCCAGAAGAGGAGAACGAAGAGGACUUUCAGAUGAAGAUUGAUGACGAGGUGCGAACAGCUCCUUGGAACACGACAAGAGCCUUCAUCUCUGCCAUGAAGGGGAAGUGCUUGUUGGAGGUUACAGGUGUGGCAGAUCCUACAGGCUGUGGAGAAGGAUUCUCCUAUGUGAAAGUGCCCAACAAGCCAACACAGCAGAAGGACGACAAAGAGCCACAGCCUGUAAAGAAGACGGUGACAGGGACAGAUGCUGAUCUGAGGAGGCUGUCACUUAAGAAUGCCAAACAGCUGCUCCGAAAGUUUGGCGUCCCAGAGGAAGAGAUCAAGAAACUCUCUCGCUGGGAGGUUAUCGAUGUGGUAAGAACCAUGUCCACAGAGCAGGCGCGAUCCGGCGAGGGUCCGAUGAGUAAGUUUGCCCGAGGCUCUCGCUUCUCUGUGGCAGAACACCAGGAGCGCUAUAAGGAGGAGUGCCAGAGGAUCUUUGACCUGCAGAAUAAAGUGCUGGAGUCGACGGAGGUCCUCUCCACAGACACAGACAGCAGCUCAGCCGAAGAUAGUGACUUUGAAGAGAUGGGUAAGAAUAUUGAGAACAUGCUGCAGAAUAAAAAGACCAGCUCCCAGCUUUCCCGUGAGAGGGAGGAGCAGGAGCGGAAGGAACUGCAGAGGAUGCUGAUGGGUGAGGAGAGCGAUCGAGACAACAAGGGACGUAAAGAGCGGCGCAAAGGCUUGUCCAGUUCCUUAUCAACCAGCUCCCACAAAGAUGAUGACACAUCCUCUGUCACCAGCCUGAACUCUUCAGCUGGACGCAGGCUCAAGAUAUAUCGUACCUUCAGGGACGAAGAUGGCAAGGAAUAUGUCCGUUGCGAGACAGUGCGUAAAGCUGCAGUCAUCGAUGCCUACACCAGGAUCAGAACCACCAAGGACGAUGAGUUCAUACGAAAGUUUGCCCUGUUUGAUGAGCAGCACAGAGAAGAAAUGAGGAAGGAGCGCCGACGUAUUCAGGAGCAGCUCAGAAGGUUGAAGAGAAACCAAGAGAAGGACAAGAUCAAGGGACCCCCAGAGAAGAAGACCAAGAAGGUCAAAGAGAGACCAGACCUCAAGGUAAAACUGAAGUGCGGUGCAUGUGGAGCUAUUGGACACAUGAGGACCAACAAAUUCUGCCCACUGUACUACCAAACCAACGCCCCACCCUCCAACCCCGUUGCCAUGACAGAGGAGCAGGAGGAGGAGCUGGAAAAGACCGUCAUCCACAACGACAACGAGGAACUGAUCAAGGUGGAGGGCACAAAGAUUGUGCUGGGGAAGCAGCUCAUUGAGAGUGCUGAUGAGGUGCGCAGGAAGUCUUUGGUGCUCAAGUUCCCCAAACAGCAGCUGCCACCAAAGAAGAAGAGACGUGUUGGCAGUGCUGUCCAUUGUGACUACCUCAAUAAACCACACAAAGCCAUCCACCGCCGACGCACCGACCCCAUGGUCACAUUGUCCUCAGUGCUUGAAAGCAUCAUCAAUGACAUGCGAGAUCACCCAAAUACGUAUCCCUUCCACACACCAGUCAACGCCAAAGUUGUGAAGGACUACUACAAGAUAAUCACUAGGCCCAUGGAUCUACAGACGCUGAGGGAGAACGUACGCAAGCGGAUGUAUCCGUCGAGGGAGGAGUUCCGUGAAGCAGUGGAGCUUAUUGUCAAAAAUAGUGCCACCUACAAUGGGGCAAAACAUCCCAUAACACAAGUGGCACAGUCCAUGCUGGACUUGUGCGACGCUAAGCUAAAAGAGAAGGAGGACAGACUGGUGAGACUGGAGAAAGCCAUCAACCCCUUGCUGGAUGAUGAUGACCAGGUGGCCUUCUCCUUCAUCCUGGACAACAUUGUAACCCAGAAAAUGAUGGCGGUCCCUGAUUCAUGGCCUUUUCACCAUCCUGUCAACAAGAAGUUUGUGCCAGAUUAUUACAAGGUUAUUGUGAAUCCCAUGGAUUUAGAGAACAUCCGUAAGAACAUCUCCAAACACAAAUACCAGAAUCGGGACGUUUUCCUCUCAGAUGUCAGUCUCAUCCACACCAACAGCAUCAAGUACAAUGGCGCAGACAGUCCUUACACCAAGACAGCCUUGGACAUUGUAAAUGUGUGUAAGCAGACCUUGGCCGAGUAUGAUGAGCACUUGACUCAGCUGGAGAAGGACAUCUCUACUGCUAAGGAGGCAGCUCUCGAUGCCGCCGACCUGGAGAGUCUGGAUCCAAUGACACCUGGACCGUACACACCACAGCCUGCUGAUCUGUUUGACAGCGGGGCUUCAGGGAGUCUGCCCAGAGAGCCCAGCAGCCUUUUCUCUGAGGGACCUCUAUUGGUUGCUCCAGAGAAGAGAGGGGGGCAGGGACGCCAUGGCAGGAGACCUGGAGAGGAAGAGUCUGAUGUGGAUAUCGAGGGCUUUGAAGAGGACGAUGAUGGCAAACCAAAGACUCCAGCUCCUGCAGAGGAUGCUGAAGGAGACCUUGAAGACGAAGAUGACGAUAUCGAGAUGUUGCUGCCACCUCGCAGGCGGGCUCAUGACCAGGAUGAGGAAGAGGAGGAGGAGGAAGAGGAAGGAGAACGUGGAAGAUCUAACCACCCAGCUCAAGCCAGUGUGCUGUAUCAGGACCUGCUGAUGUCUGAUGGAGAGGAUGAUGCCAGUGAGGAAGAGGGGGACAACCCUUUCUCCUCCAUACAGCUGUCAGAGAGUGGGAGCGACUCAGACAGAGAGGUUGACAUACGACCUGCACCUCCGAGGAGAACACAGGAGACGGCCCGCAUGGGCAUGGAGCAAGAGGAGAGCAUGAUGUCAUAUGACGGGGACGGGCCAGAUGAGCCACACAUGGAGGACAGCAACAUCAGUUACGGCAGCUUUGAGGAGACAGAGAGUCGAAGUCAGAUGCAGGCAUCUAGCAUUGGAAAUGGAGAAGAAUAUGGUAUCAGCGAAGAGGAAGAGGAUGAUGAAGAAGAUGAGGCACGGAGGAGAGGCCCAGCGGUGCUCACCCAGGUCCCUCUCAGUGAAGACGAGGAGAGUGAAGAGUUCAGAUCUAUCGGAGGAGACAGCGACAUGGACUCUGACAAUUAG